AUGGAAUCAAUAUCUAGAAUAUCUAAUCUACUUGAGAGCGCGAGAGAGUUAACACUUGAUGCAGCUCAGUCUGCAAGAAGCUCGCAAGACCCUUCGAAGACUGUUUCGGCUCCAUUGAUCAAACGAUUGCUAGACAGUCGGAAUAAUCGAGAUAUAUUGGAUGGCUUGCGGAAAGUGAUAUCGCUAAUGUACCGCUCUCAACCAUGUGUCGAAUUCUUCUCAUCCGUCGUAAAAAAUGUAGCCUCUUCAAAUAUUGAAAUCAAAAAGCUUGUUUAUAUUUACUUACUCAACCAUGCCGAACAAGAACCCGAUCUCGCACUGCUUUCAAUUAACACAAUACAAAAAUCACUCUCUGAUGGAAACCCACAAAUCCGUGCUCUGGCACUCAGAGCAAUUUCAGGGAUACGUGUACCGGUCAUAAGUCAAAUUGUUUCUCUCGCCAUUAAAAAGGGGAUAAGUGACAUGAGUCCGUUUGUGAGGAAGGCUGCCUCGUUAGCCAUACCAAAAUGUUACAGACUAGAUCCCAGCACACUGCCACAGCUUCUUACCUAUUUAUCACUUUUGCUCGGGGAUAAACAAUGCCAAGUAUCUGGUGCAGCUGUUAUGGCUUUUAUGGAAGUUUGCCCAGAGCGGAUUGACCUCAUUCACCAACAUUACCGGGGGUUGGUCAAAUCUUUAGUUGACAUGAAUGAGUGGAGUCAAUUGGCAACUCUUAACUUAAUGACUAUUUAUUCAAGGAAGUGCUUCCCGAGGCAAAAUCGAAAAGCAGCUAAAAGCCACGUUGUAUCCGAUGCAUUUUACGGCAACGAAGGGCACGAUAGCCUGGAAGACGUACAGGAAUUUCAAGUUCUUGAUCCCGAUCUUGAACUGCUGUUAAAAAAUAUCAAGCCACUUCUACAAAGUAGAAACUCUGCUGUUGUAGUAGCUGUAUGUCGCUGUUACACAAACCUUGGCACAAAUGAAUACAUAAAUGCAUCGAUUGGACCUCUUGUAGCGCUUCUACGAGGACCCCAAGAUAUUCAACAUAUCACGUUGCAAAAUAUCGUCCUAGUUUGCAUCAAGAAUCCUAAGGCAUUUGUCAAGUAUGUUUCUCAUUUCUUGGUACAUAUCACAGACUCCCCAAAUGUUUGGAAACUUAAAUUAGAGCUUCUGACAUUGAUUUUUCCUCACUGUCACGAAAAUCUCAAAAGUCUUAUUCUAAACGAACUCGAACAUUUCUCGCAGAAGUCCACCGAGAGCGAAUUGACACGAGAAGCCGUGAGAGCUAUUGGCAGGUGCGCUCAGAGUGAUAAUAAGAAAUCAUCGCUAUGUUUGCGACUACUUCUCAAACAAAUUAAUAGUCAGGAUGGAAACCUUGUGGAUGAGUCACUGACAGUUAUUCGCCACUUAAUUCAACAAGACCCUGGCUCUCACACAAAUACUGUAAUCAGGCUCGCAAAAAAUCUUGACUCGACCUCAAACCCAAGGGCGCGAGCUAGCAUAAUUUGGCUUGUUGGGGAAUUUUCAGGAAUUGACGGAUCAGAUAAUAUUGCUGCUGAUGUCUUACGGAUUCUCGCCAAAGGGUUUGCUGAAGAGGCUGAAUCCGCAAAGCUACAGAUUGUUCUACUGGCUGCCAAAGUAUAUCUCCAACACCUAACAAGUGCAGAUUCUCAUACUCCGAAUAGUGCAAUUAAUCAUCAUCUACAUAAUAACGCCAUCCACCAAGAUUUUGAUAAUAAUUUCCAAGAUUUACGAGAAGGAUGCCCCGUUUCACAAUCUAGUUCAAGGCCUGAACAUCCCAUCGUUUUGCUCUGGAAUUAUAUUACCUUACUCGCCCGCUAUGACACCUCAUAUGACUUGCGUGAUCGAACACGUCUAUACAAGGCCUUGCUAGCAGUACCAUCCACAACUGAUCUAGCAGCCUUGAUGUUACUCGCUCCUAAACCUGUUCCACAUAUCGCUAGUCCAUCAGAAAAUCGGAUAGGAUUCACACUUGGAUCGGCAAGUCUCGUAUUGUGUGAAAAUAGAGGAUUCCAUGGCAUACAAGGAUAUGAGGGCUUACCUGAGUGGGUUCAACCAGGAUUUGAGCCAGAUCCCUCAUUACGCGAGAUAGAUACAUCGAAAUUGGAAUAUGACGUCACUAGAAUUAUUCCUGCUGGAGAAAAGCUGGACAUUGCCGUACAACAUGGGGAAAAUAGGCCAUUAUCGGGUGUGAAUGGACCAAUCGCGAAUGCAGACAAAGCGAAGACACUUGAUUGUUGGUUGGCAGAGGGAGAUGACGAUAAUGAGCAUGGUGUAAAUGAUGAUCCUGAAGACGAAAGUGAAAGCGAGGAUGACGAGGAUCAGAAUGAGGAUUAUGAAGACGACAGUGAAGAGUAUAGUGAAGAAACUUCACAAGAAGAAAGUAGCAACGAUGAAGGUAGCAACGAGUAUAAUUUACUUGUUAGAUGA